AUGGCGCGUAACCAUCAUUUGUACGAGGCGGAGCACCGCAUGGGGUCCGUGAAGGCGGUCUCCGGCCCUGUCGUUAUCGCGGAGAACAUGAGCGGUAGCGCAAUGUACGAGUUGGUGCAGGUAGGUUCCUUUCGAUUGGUAGGAGAAAUCAUUCGACUUGAGGGCGACACAGCGACCAUCCAGGUCUACGAGGAGACGGGCGGGCUCACAGUUGGGGACCCGGUGCACUGUACGGGGAAGCCGCUCUCACUCGAGCUUGGCCCUGGUAUCAUGUCAGAGAUUUUUGACGGUAUUCAGCGCCCACUUGACACAAUUUACCGCAUGGUGGGAAAUGUGUUUAUUCCUAAGGGAGUUCAGGUGAAAGCCCUCAACGAGCAAAAACAGUGGGACUUCAAGCCACGCGUGAAGGUGGGAGACCUGGUGACGGGUGGAGAUGUUCUCGGAACUGUUGUGGAGAAUUCGCUCAUGUACGAUCACUCUAUUAUGGUGCCUCCCAAUGUUCAAGGAAGGGUGACGUCGGUUCAGCCUUCUGGUAACUACACACUUGUGGACGAAGUUGUGGAGCUCGAGCACAAUGGGAAAAAGCGAAGCCUGAAACUGAUGCACCGUUGGCCCGUGCGAACACCACGCCCGGUGGCGGCAAAAGAAUCCGGGAAUCAUCCACUGCUUACCGGUCAACGUGUCUUGGACGCGCUUUUCCCCUCCGUACAAGGAGGUACCUGCUCCAUUCCUGGUGCAUUUGGUUGUGGUAAGACGGUCAUUAGUCAGGCAUUGUCCAAAUACUCGAACAGUGACGCCGUCAUCUACGUGGGUUGUGGGGAACGCGGUAACGAAAUGGCAGAGGUUUUAAUGGACUUCCCCACUCUCACCACCGUUGUCGAUGGCCGUGAAGAGUCAAUUAUGAAACGGACGUGUCUCGUAGCCAACACAUCUAAUAUGCCUGUGGCUGCUCGUGAGGCUUCUAUUUAUACCGGCAUUACCCUGGCUGAGUAUUAUCGUGACAUGGGAAAGCAUAUUGCCAUGAUGGCGGACUCCACUUCACGUUGGGCAGAGGCCCUUCGAGAGAUUUCUGGUCGUCUGGCUGAGAUGCCUGCGGAUGGUGGCUAUCCUGCGUAUCUCAGUGCCCGCUUGGCUUCUUUCUACGAGCGUGCAGGCCGUGUCACGUGCAUCGGUGGCCCUAAGCGUGAGGGCUCUGUCACCAUCGUGGGUGCUGUUUCCCCGCCCGGCGGAGAUUUUUCAGAUCCUGUGACAUCCGCCACACUUGGUAUUGUGCAGGUCUUUUGGGGUCUUGAAAAGCGGCUUGCGCAGCGCAAACACUUCCCCUCGGUAAACUGGCUGAUUUCCUACUCGAAGUACUUAAAGGUGCUGGAACCCUUUUUUAACACCUUCGACGCAGACUACAUGCGUUUGCGCUCGGUGGUCGCCGAGAUUUUGCAGCGUGAGGAGGAAUUGCAGGAAAUUGUUCAGCUUGUUGGUAAGGAUUCGCUCUCAGAGUCGGACAAGAUUAUUCUCGAAACGGCGAAGGUCAUUCGUGAGGAGUUCCUGCAGCAAAAUGCAUUUACACCCUACGACAAGUUUUGUCCACUGUAUAAGACAUGCUGGAUGCUGCGCAACAUUGUCACCUUCUACGAGGAGAGCCAGCGCGUUGUGGCUGAGUCUGCCGGCGACCACAAAAUCACGUGGAACUACAUCCGUGAGAAGAUACCACAUAUUUACACUGGACUCACGGACAUGAAGUUCCGCGACCCCGCCGAUGGGAAGGAGGCCAACAUUGAAUACUUUAAGAAACAAAACGAGGAUAUCAUCAAUGCGUUUUCCUCGCUCCUGCAGUGA